CCCAAUUUGAGUCGCUUGCCGUUUCCCUAAGGCUAUCCUAUCCCCUCCGCCUUUCUUUACGACACACCCACGAAACACGAUUUUGAACGACCUCCCUGUCAAUCUUGCCUCUUUUCUUUUGCUGCUGCCUUGCUCGUCUCUCUUCAUCUUUCACGCUCUCCUAUCUCACUUUCUGCCUGACUCUUCUCACUUUAUUCGACACUUUCAUUUGCGCUUACUCUGACCUUUCUGAGGUGCACCGUCCUGGAACUUUCCGUUCAUUCAGAUAUUCAAUAUCUUCUUCAGAAAUGGACAACUGGAGAGUAGCUGUUCUUGGUGAUGGUGGUGUGGGCAAAACAGCUCUCGCUGUCCAGUUCACAUUAAACUGUUUUGUUGAGACAUAUGACCCAACGAUAGAAGACGCUUACCGGAAGCAACUGAUAGUGGACAAUCGUAUGUGUUUUGUAGAAGUAAUUGACACUGCGGGGCAGGAGGAGUAUGCUACACUACGAGAUCAAUGGGUUCGGGAGGGUCAAGGCUUUAUCCUUGUGUAUUCAAUCGCAUCUCGGUCAACGUUCGAUCGUCUGGAGGUUUUCCGUCAGUCGAUGCGGCGGGUGAAAAGGGGAGAUCCCAUCUUUAUGCUAGUCGGCAAUAAAUGCGACAAAACUUACGAGCGGGAAGUGUCGAAGGAGGAAGGUGCUGCCCUCGCGCGGCAGUUUGGCUGCGAAUUUAUCGAAACGUCGGCGAAAACAGCACAAAAUGUCGAGCGUCUAUUCAUGAAUCUCGUGCGAGCGCUGCGACAAACGCGAAGUCUAGAAGCAGGUCCAGUGAGCGGAAGUGGCGCGCCGCCGAAACAGAAAGAGAAGAAAUCGACAAAGUGUAUUAUCGUGUAGGGGCGCACUCUGGGAUAUUGGUUGUUUAGAUCCUUCUUUACCUGCUUUGAUGAUACCACUAUGACCUUUCUUCUUCGUUGCGGUUACACCCCCUCCUUUGCCUUUUUUCACUUCGUGUUGGAACAUGCAUUUUGUC